AUGAACGAUAUUGUGGAAAACCCUUUACGACUUAGGUCUCUAAACUAUGUCUCAUUUGUUUGUAGGUCACUUGAGAAGUCCCUCAAUUUCUACCAAAAUGUUCUUGGUUUUGUUCGUAUAAAGAGGCCUGGUUCUUUUGACUUCACUGGGGCAUGCGUGGUAUCCCUAGGAAUUGGGAUUCAUUUGUUACAGUCAGAUCGUCCAAAAAACAUGCCUAGGAAAAAAGAGAUUAAUCCGAAGGAUAAUCAUAUCUCUUUCCACUGUGAGUGCAUGUUGUCAUUGGAGAAGAAACUGAAUGAACUGGGGAUUAAGUACGUACGAGCAGUGGUGCAAGAAGGAGGGAUUGAAGUGCACCAGUUGUUCUUCCAUGAUCCAGAUGGGCUCAUGAUUGAAAUGUGUGAUUGUAAUAAUCUUCCUGUGGUUCCUCUGGUUGGAGACUGUUUAGUGGCCAAAAAUCGUCCUUGGCCCAAUAGGGAAAUGGACAAUAGCGAAGACGGACCAGGCCCAGUCCUGCAAAGGCCCACCAGGUUCGGAAUACCAAAGAAAAUUGUCACCGAUAAUGGGUCCCAGUUCAUUAGUUCAGCUUCAGGGAUUUCUGUGACAUUGGGGAAUAAAGUUAAGCUUCUCAACACCCCGCACCCCCAGUCUAACGGCCAGGCCGGUCGUAAACAAAACAAUCAUGACACUGAAAAAGCGAUUACAGAAAGCUAA